GUGGGCGCGCUCCCGCAGUCUGGCCGGGGCGGGGAUCUCUCCUCCUCCUUUUUCUCCUUCUUUCUUUUUUCUCCUUCUUCUCUUCCUUUUCGGCAGAGGCGGAGGAGGCUGCAGCCUUUUUCGACGACCCCCAUUUUUCCUGGAUCCCUCCCCGCCUAAAAAACAUUAAAAAAUAAUAAUCUUUCCUCUGGAAAGACUGGAGGAAGAGGAAGAGGAAGAGGAGGAAGAAGAAGAAGAGGAAGGCAUGGCGAGGAAGGGGGCUCCGGUGGCGACCAUCCCGCAUCAGCUCCGGAGCCACCCAUCUCUGGAAAGCUGUGCCAGCUAGAAGGGCAAUAUCAUUGGCAGCCGGCGGGGGGCUCUAGAGAAGGAACUGGCCAUUGCCCUUGACCCCCUUUGGCUCGUCUCCUCACCUGCCGGAUAGUGUCCUUGCUCCGCCAUGGGGGUCCUGUGAGCCCCAAGAGUCUGCUUGAGGCCUGGCUCCUGGCACUACCCUCCCCAGACCAUGUGGCGGUCACUUCUCUGGUGCCCACCGCUCCUCUCCCCCUUCUCGCAAGUGACCGAGGCGGCUGCUGCUGGCUGGGAGGCUGGCCUGGCGCUCUGGAUCCUCAGUUUCGCUUCGGCCGUGGUGCAGAUGGAGAGCCAGGCCUAUUCGCCCACGGUGAACACGCACUACGGGAAGCUGCGGGGGCUGCGGGUGCCCUUGCCCAGCGAGAUCCUGGGGCCCGUGGACCAGUACUUGGGGGUCCCCUAUGCAGCACCCCCCAUCGGGGAGAAGCGCUUCAUGCCCCCCGACCCACCGCCCUCCUGGUCGGGGAUCCGAAAUGCCACCCACUUCUCCCCAGUGUGCCCCCAGAACAUCCACACUGCCGUGCCGGAGAUCAUGCUGCCCAUCUGGUUCACCUCCAACCUGGACAUUGUGGCCACCUACAUCCAGGACCCCAACGAGGAUUGCCUGUACCUCAACAUCUACAUCCCCACCGAGGAUGUAAAACGGAUUUCCAAGGAAUGCGCCCGAAAACCCAACAAGAAAAUAUGUAGGAAAGGAGGCUCCAGCGCUAAGAAACAGGGCGAGGACUUAGCAGAUAAUGACGGGGAUGAAGACGAAGACAUCCGAGACAGCGGGGCCAAGCCUGUGAUGGUCUACAUCCACGGGGGUUCGUACAUGGAGGGCACGGGGAACAUGAUCGACGGCAGUGUGUUGGCCAGCUACGGCAACGUCAUCGUCAUCACCCUCAACUACCGCGUGGGAGUGCUGGGGUUCCUGAGCACUGGGGACCAGGCCGCCAAGGGCAACUAUGGGCUCCUGGACCAGAUCCAGGCGUUGCGUUGGAUCAGCGAAAACAUUGCCUUCUUUGGCGGCGAUCCGUUGCGCAUCACCGUCUUUGGUUCGGGCAUCGGCGCUUCUUGCGUCAGCUUGCUCACACUCUCCCAUCACUCUGAAGGUCUCUUCCAGAGAGCCAUCAUCCAGAGUGGCUCUGCGUUGUCCAGCUGGGCUGUCAACUAUCAACCAGUCAAGUACACCAGCCUGCUGGCCGACAAAGUGGGCUGCAACGUGCUGGACACGGUAGACAUGGUAGACUGCCUGCGGCAGAAGACGGCCAAGGAGCUGGUGGAGCAGGACAUCCAGCCGGCCCGCUACCAUGUGGCCUUUGGGCCCGUCAUUGACGGAGAUGUCAUCCCUGACGACCCAGAGAUCCUGAUGGAGCAGGGGGAGUUCCUCAACUACGACAUCAUGUUGGGCGUCAACCAGGGUGAAGGUCUCAAGUUCGUGGAGGGGGUGGUGGACCCAGAGGAUGGGGUUUCAGGCAGCGACUUUGACUAUUCUGUCUCCAACUUUGUGGACAAUCUGUAUGGCUACCCGGAGGGGAAAGACACGCUGCGUGAGACCAUCAAGUUCAUGUACACAGACUGGGCCGACCGGGACAACCCGGAGACACGCCGCAAGACCCUGGUGGCCCUUUUCACUGACCACCAGUGGGUUGAGCCCUCGGUGGUGACCGCCGACCUCCAUGCCCGCUACGGCUCCCCCACCUACUUCUACGCAUUCUACCAUCACUGCCAGAGCCUGAUGAAGCCACCCUGGUCAGAUGCGGCCCACGGGGACGAGGUGCCUUACGUCUUUGGGAUCCCCAUGAUCGGCCCCACCGACCUCUUCCCCUGCAACUUCUCCAAGAACGACGUCAUGCUGAGCGCCGUGGUCAUGACCUACUGGACCAACUUCGCCAAGACAGGGGAUCCAAACAAGCCGGUGCCCCAAGACACCAAGUUCAUCCACACCAAGGCCAACCGCUUUGAGGAGGUGGCCUGGUCCAAGUACAACCCCCGGGACCAGCUCUACCUGCACAUCGGCCUGAAGCCCCGGGUGCGGGACCACUACCGGGCCACCAAGGUGGCCUUCUGGAAGCACCUCGUGCCCCACCUGUACAACCUCCAUGACAUGUUCCACUACACAUCCACCACCACCAAGGUGCCGCCGCUGGACUCCACCCAGAACUCGCACAUCACCCGCCGGCCCAACGGCAAGGCCUGGAGCACCAAGCGGCCGGCCAUAUCUACCGCCUACACCGGCGAGGGCUCCCAGGAGAAGUGGAACCCGGAGCAGGAGGGGGCUGGCACGCUUCUGGUGGAGAACCCCCGGGACUACUCCACCGAGCUGAGUGUCACCAUCGCGGUGGGUGCCUCCCUCCUCUUCCUCAACGUCCUGGCCUUCGCCGCCCUCUACUACCGCAAGGACAAGCGGCGCCAGGACACCCACCGCCAGCCCAGCCCCCAACGCGCCACGGCCACCAACGACAUUGGUCAUGCUCCGGAGGAGGAGCGGCCCUCCCUGCAGGCCAACCAGACCCACCAUGGUGACUGCGAGGCAGUGGCCCCCCACGACGCCCUCCGCCUCACCGCCUUGCCCGACUACACCCUCACACUGCGCCGCUCGCCGGAUGACAUCCCCCUGAUGACGCCCAACACCAUCACCAUGAUCCCCAACUCCCUGGUGGGGCUCCAGACCUUGCACCCCUACAACACCUUCGCUGCCAGCUUCAGCAGUACGGGGCUGCCCCAUUCACACUCCACCACCCGGGUAUAGCCGCCCGAGCGCCCUGGCACUAGCCCCACGCAUACCCCCCACCCUCACCGGAGCUGGCGCAGCGGGGGUCGGACGUGCGACAAGCUCCCCCACCUCCUUCCCGGGCCUCUUGCUUCCUCUCGGGGGAUUUCAUUUGUAUCAAGUGCUUUGACUCUCCCGGCGCUGGAAGGCGGGCAGUGGAAGCUCCCUCAGCAGCUGUGUGGAGCGUAGCCCCCAGCAGAGGAACCCUCUCCCCCACAUCUGAAAAGCUCAAGCCGCUCCGAGUGCCAUUUUGAACUUUGGUUCCUUCUGAGUCUUGUUGGAUAAUGCGCAGAAGGAGAGGGGCUGAUCCGACAGGUCUCCCCUCUUGUCUCCAGGAGCCACACGGCCCUAUCUGGUGAAAGGGGACCCCAACACGUUCCCCAAAUGCCAGUCAUUCCCUCCUUACCACUAAAGACGUAUCAAUCAAAGUGCCAUGGGGGAGGGAAAAGGCUCUCUGUGGGCUGCGCUGUCUCAUCGAGGCCCUUGCUGGAAGUGACUGGUGGCACCAUCAUGUCCACUCAGCCUCCCAUCCGAGGGGAACAGGUACAGUAUGAUCCUGGGUACCCAGAAAACCCCAGUGCCAGGCCCCGCAUAUCCCUUGGGCUCAGUGUGGGCCCAACGGAUGCUCUCUUGGUGCCCCCCCACUCCUCCCCACCUCACGCUCUCCAUGUUGCGAAGAAGAAGAAAGAAGAAGAAACCGUUUUUCUGUCUGUCUCCUUUUUUGUUCCUUUCCAAAAGACGUUUUUUUAAAAAGCAGAUCUUUAGUUCUUUAAACACUAACGGAAAGACGCCGUGUUUUGUCCUUUGUAAAAAAUUUUAAACUAAGUGUUCUUGAUAAAAAGCCAGUUAGAGACACGUAUACACAGACACGCUCCACACACCCCACAUAUACACAUACGUGCGCUUCAGCCACAUCUGCGCCAUGGGCCCCUCCACUACCCAUUGACCUGUGUGCCAAACUGAGAAACCAGCAGACAUCCUCCAAGGUGGGUGGCAGUGGCAGCAAACAUGGCAGCCGCAAAAGAGCAGCCUGCAAGACCCUUUUGUAUUUUUUAUACGCCCUUCUGCUGCCACUCCUGUCUGUCAACCAACCUGCCACUCAACCGGCGCUCCACAGAGAUGUGGAAAUGCCCUGGCAUCCUCCCCAUCUUGCUGCCAUCCUCGUUGCUCCAACCAGUCCGCCCUACUUCCUCUGACAUCUACUGUGCCAAGUCUGUUGUAGGUUGACCCCUCUUUCAGGUUGGCCAAUGAGACUCCCCUUCCUCAUUCCUUACCCCCAAUGCCCGACCCCCUGCCAGCCCCAAUCCCAUCUCCUUGCGCCUAAUGGUGCAACAGCAUCUUGGCUAGGCAAUGCCGGUGGUGGGCAAGCAGAGCCAAGGGCAGAGGGGAUCAAUGGAAGAAGGGUGGGGUAGCAAUGGGACUUGGAGCAGUCUGAAACAGGAAAGGGGAGGUGUUAUGCUCACGCACAAAACGGAUAGCAAAUCCACUGCAAAAUACAGAUUUUUUCAGGAUGGGUGUUGGAAAAGGUGUGGGUUGCAAGAUGGCUGCUGGUUGGAGGGGGGGGUGAUGGGACCAGGGGGCUUGGGGAUGGCAGCUCAGGGCUGGCAUUUGGGGAAAGAUCAGACUUGGGGAUGGAGGUGAUGGGAAGUGGAGGGGGCCAGGUGUCAUAGCCCUGCCUGGGCCAGAAACGGUGGCAGCGGUGGCAAUGGCAGGGCUGCAAAGGGCAGUGGACACGAGGGUCCUGUACACAAGGUCAUCUUGGAAGGGGAAGGCUGGGGGGCUAGGACUGAGAUCCUUUGGGGAGGGAGCAAGGGAGGGAAGGAAGGGGUGAGAAGCCAAAGUGUUGCGAUCCGACUUGCCAAGCAGCUUGAGUGUUGAGAGAGAGCUGGACGGGUGCUGCCCCCUGACAUCCCUGGCUGGGUGACCCCAAGACCCUGCCCAGGAUGGUGGUCUCAGUUUGCAGCAGACAGGAUGCGGGCAAAGCAGGAAGAGCGAGCGGUUCUGGCUGAGAAUGUAUUUAAGCAGUCCUGUCACUCACCUGAGCAGUGGAAAGAAUUCCAAAAUAAACUGGAAGGGGUAUUUUUA